UGCUCGGUCCCUCCGCAGGGAGCUGGUCGGGGCGCCUGGAUGUGUCCGCGCGUGCCAGCCGCGCCGACUUCACGUGCAGUGUGGCCGCUCGCACAAGGAGAAAUCUCUUCAGCUGCUGAGAAAAAGGAGAAGCCUCUUCCAAGACUUAAUAUCCAUUCUGGAUUCUGGAUUCUGGCAUCCAUUGUUGUGACCUAUUAUGUUGAUUUCUUUAAGACCAUUAAGGAAAAUUUUCACACCAGUAGCUGGUUUCUCUUUGGCGGUGCCUUGUUGCUGGUCAGCGUGUCGAUUGCCUUUUACUGCAUCCUCUACCUGGAGUGGUACCGCGGAGUCGCAGACUAUGACGUCAAGUAUCCAACCUUGAUACCCAUCACAACUGCCACUUUCAUUGUAGCAGGAAUUUGCUUCAACGUGGCGCUCUGGCACGUGUGGUCGUUUUUCACUCCACUGCUGCUGUUCACCCAGUUCAUGGGGGUUGUGAUGUUGAUCUCACUUCUUGGGUGAUUUCUGAAGGUUAAGGCCCAUCGGUUAAAGCGAGUGAUUAAGCGACAGCCAGCCGGAAGCAUGAACACAUGAUAUGAAGGGAAAAAGCUACAGUGUGUUUUUGCAUCUGUGAGUGGUUCCUUGGAAAAAUUGUAACUUUAUACAUCUGUGGUUGAAAUCAGAAUAAAUUAAUUUGCAUCUUCUUAAGUGCAAAUGAUUAUUGAAGUUUUCAGAUUCAAGGUAGAAAUAAUUCUGUUAAAAAUUGAAGUAACUGAUUUGCAUUGUUAGUGUUUGACUCAUUAGAGAAAGUAUCGGUGUAAAAAUGUAAAUAUAAACAAAUUCUUACUAGGUUUAACAUACUCCAAAUAUCGGGGCUAUAUUGAUGCAUUUGAGGGGUGCUAGUCCCUUGUAUAAGAUGACUCGGUGUGUGUACAGAGCAGUGGGAGCGCCCUGUGCCUUUCAGCCAACCUUAGCAACGACUGUCACCUCAUUGCUACGGUCUUCCCCUUAGGUACGAGGACCAAGCGAAAGCAUUGUAUGUCUUCCCAUCACUUUAGAUUUUGUCUAAAGUGUUGGGUUUUUAGCAUUUGAAUAACAUAUGAACUUCUAAUCAUUCAAACUAUAACUUUUCCCUUGACAUUUAAAUAAAAUAUUUUUA